AUGACAGAUCGUUCACUUUCGUUAGUUUGCGUGGAAUCGUUCAUGUUUCUCAUCAUCAACAUUGCAGCAAUCAUUGGGAACACGUUUGUCGUUGCUGCCAUUUCAAGAAACAGGGAUCUUCGAAAAAUUACUCACUGCUACAUUUUAACCUUGGCAAUUUCUGAUUUGUUCGUCGCAGUCACUUGUAUGCCGUUAACUUUGGGUGCUUCCCUGAAAGGUCGCUGGCUUUACAGUGACAUCACAUGCCAGCUUCAAGGUCACGUGAUGCAAGUGUGGGCGUGUUUUUCUUUGACAAUCGUGUCAGUGACCGCCAUUAAUCGAUAUUAUCGCGUUGUGCGACCCAUUCGUUACAGAAAAAUCUUCACCAAGCGAUUUACUCUGGUAACUACGAUCUCCCCUCUCGUUAUUUGGGCGUGUCUGGAGAUCGGAAUGAUGUCUGUUAUGGACGCCCGUUUUAAAUUUGCCCCACAUUUUUUCUGCACGCCUUAUCUCACAAACAAGCUCAUGAAGAGAGCUGUUGCUUUGCCUAUUUAUCUUUCGUUUAUCGUAGUCGCCCUGUUCGUAGUUCUGAUUUGCUAUUUCAAGGUUUAUCGCGUUGUUCGUAGACAUGUGAUUCUGGUUCGUCCAAAUAUUGUAGGAGCAUCGUUUCAACCCGGAAAUGAAAACAAACUUUCUUGUCGCGUCGAUGAGAUCAAUGCUACAAAAAUGGUUUUCGUUAUAAUUAUGGUCAACUGCCUUCUCUGGAUUCCAGUUUGUAUUAUCGGUGCGCUGUAUUUUUGCGACAUUGUUAUGCCAAAAUGGACACAUUUGAUGUAUGAUUACUUGAUGUUCAUAACAGCUGCGACAAAUCCGCUGAUUUACGGACUCAUGAACAAGGCUUUUAGGGACGAGUAUCUUCGAAUUUUGAAGUGCAAGAGAAGCGCGAACAACAUCAGCUAG